AGAGAAUCCUAGCUACCUUAGGAAGCCUCUUCAAAUAAAAAAUUUACAAAAGUCAAAUUCAUAUUAUAUGAUUAUCUAGUUAUGGAGUUUAUGGACAUUUCCACUGUGCCUCGCUGCUCACUGCCGCAGAAAUUAUUUCGAAAUGCUAAUCAGACUUGUGCUCUUGCAAGGACUACACGUAGUUGUGGAUCGUUUGUGUUUCUUAUAAACUACCUAGAUGUUUUCUUUUGCCUGUUUAAACUACCUGCGAUUUCAAUUUAUGGCUUGAUAAGUGCAUUUUUGUUGAUGGUAAACUUUAGUCUGCUCUUUAUGCUGACGAAAUACUUCUUUGUGCCAAAUCUAGAGACGCUCAUUGAAUUCGCACCCAUGACAAUGUUUGCCAUCAGUUUUCUUAUCUUCGGGCCAAGUUUUUUGAUUUCGUAUUAUAACAGCUCUUGGCUAGUGUGUGAUCCUGAGAGAGGAAGCUUGAGUCCUUUGCAGUUUUCAAAAAUGGUGGGAGACAUAAUGAGAUAUUUUGUGAUCGGAGUUAUGGUUCUGAGUAUGCAAGGGUACCGGGCUGAAGGAGUCACCCUGUGGUCCUGCAUGACCUUUAUAUUGACCGGAAUGGGCUACCUGUACGUAGUAACAAAGAAAUCAUACCAACUGAAGCCUAUGGAUACGGAUCUGCAUUUGAUUAAAUUUCGAGUAACGGUUUUCUUGUACACCUUUUCUUUGGUUUUGUUGGUUAUCGUGGUCGCGUCGUAUGCUACUUUUCAACGAAGCUUACCGAAAGGUACCGUAACCACCGAAAACUAUUUGGAUAUGGACAGCGGUGAUGAGAUCCUGGGCAAAUACCAGAAGCAAAAAGUGUUUUCCAGACGUCAGCUUUGGCUAAGAGCGGUUAAUGGAUACGCGAACAUGAAGGAUUCGCAUGUGGUGUACAGAGUUUUAAUGUUGCCCAUCUUUUUUAUGGUAUCUAAUUUUAUCCCGGUUAUAUCCAAGGACCGUUUCCUCAUUGGCUGGAACAAAUAUGUGAACUGCCUCUGUCUGACCGUCCUGCCAUUUAUAUGCCUGCCCCAAGGUUUUCAAGCUGCCAGCUGGCUUCUUAUGCUCCUGGUUUGCUGGACUCUCAGCAUCUUGGCCUUUAUCUCCACUCACUCCUUGAGGCGACCAGAUAAUGUCUGGGCUUUUGCCCUCCUAGGAUUGAUUAUCAGCUCGGUGGCCGGGAAUUUGCUAAGUCGAGAGAUAGAAAAUGUGACCUGGCAGUACAUUAGCAUCCAGUUUGAUGUGAAGCCUGAUGCGACGGCUCUGAUGUACUUUGGGUUGGGUGAGAUGUUCAGUGUGGCUAUAGUCGUGAGGUGUUUGCAACGGAGAAAGAUGUGGGAUGCCACCUUCGGAGUCGUGAUGAGCAUCGUCACCUAUGCGAUAUUUCUGGCUUUUCCCCUUCUUUUCUACCAGGGAUGUUUCAGUUCCAGUCGCAGCAUAAUUACAACAGCUUCAACUGAGACUGGCAUUCAUUUUAUUUUUCUCAUCGUCUCCACCAGUCUACUUCAUAUUUCAAUGAGUGGCUAUGAGUUUCGCAUAUCUCUGUUCUACUACCUCUUAAUAUUGACGGUUUUCUAUGUAACACUUCAGUGGAUGAUUCACUACGAUUGGAUGCUUUCCCUGGCCACCCUGCACAAUAUUAGGACUACCAACUAAGGUUUUUUUUUUAAAAUUUACGUGAUCGUGUCUAGCGCUUAAAUCAAACAGCCUAAGAGUAUGCAAUAGACUCGUUCUUUUAUUACGUCAACGACUCAUCAGAACACAUCAUAUGAAAAGUCAAUGUAAUAAAAAGUAGAAAUCCAAGCCCA